AUGAAGUUGGCAGUGAAAUUGUUGGAAUAUGUUGUUGAUGAAUUCGAAAGGCCAGUUAAAGACAGUCCUCGUACCAAGUGGUUCAAAACAUACGAAGCAAAAAUUAAAAGGGGGGAAUAUGAAAGUGAUUUAAAUGAUUCGGCAGCUACAACAGACAGUGAACGUGGAACGGAUGUUGAACGGGAUGGGCCUUCGGAAGAAGAUUCGAAAUGAAUAUAAAGAGAAUAAUAAGUAAAUAGAUAAAUAAUGUUUAGAUAAUUAGUGUGUAAUGGUACAUGUUUGUUUGUAUAUAUAAAAUAAUAAAUAAAAGUAAUUGAAUA